AUGAAUACCUCAAAGAUUUACGACUUCAUUAUCGUAGGAGGCGGUACAUCAGGUCUCGUGAUCGCCACUCGACUAUCCGAAAAUCCUGAAAUCCAAGUUCUCGUUCUCGAGGCUGGCGGAAAUCAUUUGGAAAAUCCACAGAUAAACAUUCCAGCACUUUGGCCCUCUUUGCUCGGUACAGAACUCGAUUGGGCAUUUAAAACUAUUCCCCAGAGUGAGCUUGGAAAUCGCACUAUAGGCCUUCCUGGUGGUCGUCUCCUUGGUGGAUCAAGUGCCAUCAAUGCGCAAGCUUUUAUCGCUGCAUCUAAAGUUGGACUUGACGCCUGGAAAGAGCUUGGAAAUGAAGGAUGGGAUUGGGAUUCCAUGGAACCCUACUACAAAAAAAAUCCCAAGCGACAAGUUGAGAAAGGAGUUGAGCUUAAAUCACUCACAUCUUCAAACAACCCGGGGUCUGACGGUCCUAUUCAAACGUCGUAUCCUCCAAAAAUGGAUGCUGUCAGAAAAGCAUGUGUUGAUACCUUCAAUGCUUUGAAGUAUGAAAUGUCUGAAAAUGCAUUUUCAGGAUCUUCAAUUGGUGGUUUUGUGAAUAAUUCGACAGUUAAUGGCGUUACAAAGGAGCGGAGCUAUUCAGCAAAUGCUUACUUCAAACCCGUGCAAAGUCGAUUCAAUCUCCAUCUCGUUACUGAUGCUCUAGUUGAGAAAAUCAUUCUUGACAAAAAAUCUGGGGAAAGCAUGGCCAAAGGUGUGAAAGUCACUAUCAAAGGCGUCGAACAUAUCUUUCAAGCCGGGAAGGAGGUCAUAGUCGCAGCCGGUGCUUUGAAUUCCCCAAAGAUCUUAGAACUCUCGGGAAUUGGUGAUUCUGAACUUCUUCGCUCGCUCGAAAUCGAUGUAUAUGUCGACAAUUAUAACGUGGGAGAAAAUUUCCAAGACCAUACAUCAAGCGGAAUGAGUUUCGAGGUAGUUGAUGAAAUACAGACACUAGAUCCUCUGAACCGCCAAGAACCAGAAGCCACAGCAGCUGCUAUGUCCGCAUAUCAAACUGACAAAACUGGACCGUUUGCUGGUGCGGCAAUAUCGUCUUUUGCUUACAUGCCCGUUCCAGACUUCCAGACACCCAAAGGCAAAGCCGAGUUGGAUAAUUUGCUGCUUACCUACAGACCCGAGAAAGAGAGUGUAACGUCUGAAUUUGCACGAUCUGUUCUUUCUAGUGUAGACAAGAGUUCCGCUUGCUACUUCGUGUAUGCAGCCCAUGGAAAUUUUGGAUCUGACGCAAGCUCUGCAAAGAACGUCACCAUUAGCCACGAGACUUGCAACUUUCUUACAAUUGCUUGUGAACUUGGAUAUCCGCUUUCACGAGGCAGUGUUCAUAUUCAAUCUUCGUCGCCAUCGGAUAGUCCUAUCAUUGAUCCCAAAUAUUUCAGCAAUCCUAUUGAUCUUGAUAUCCAUGCUAGAUUCAUACGAUACAUCCAUAACAUUGCUGCGACUGAGCCGAUGGCUUCAAUUCUCAAACCCGGCGGACAUAUCAGUCCAAGUUUUGCUGCAUUUGGUACAGACUUGGAAGAUGCCAAAGAAUAUGUCAGAAAAGCUAUGAUUUCCGCGUGGCAUCCUUGUGGCACUUGUGCGAUGUUACCUUUGGAAGAUGGUGGUGUUUUGAACCAAAAGCUGGUGGUUUAUGGCACCAAAAACAUCAGGGUUGUCGAUGCAAGUAUGAUACCUUUGAUUCCAAGAGGAAAUAUUCAAUCUACUGUCUAUGCUGUAGCUGGAAGAGCAGCUGAUUUGAUCAAGUUGGAUCAUAAUAUCUAG